AACCGCACCGGCCUCUGCUACCUGCCUGAGGAGCUGGCUGCCCUGCAGAAGCUGGAGCACCUGUCGGUGAGCCACAACCACCUGACCACGCUGCACGGGGAGCUGUCCAGCCUGCCGUCGCUAAGGGCGAUUGUGGCCCGAGCCAACAGUCUAAAGAAUUCUGGAGUUCCCGACGACAUCUUCAAGCUGGAUGACCUCUCGGUCCUGGACUUGAGCUACAACCAGCUGACGGAAUGCCCGCGGGAGCUGGAGAACGCUAAGAACAUGCUAGUGCUCAACCUCAGCCACAACAGCAUUGACAACAUCCCCAACCAACUCUUCAUCAACCUCACGGACCUGCUGUACCUGGACCUCAGCGAGAACCGCCUGGAGAGCCUGCCUCCGCAGAUGCGCCGCCUGGUGCACCUGCAGACGCUGGUGCUCAACGGGAACCCGCUGCUGCACGCGCAGCUCCGGCAACUCCCAGCGAUGACAGCCCUACAGACCCUGCACCUGCGGAACACCCAGCGCACCCAGAGCAACCUCCCCACCAGCCUGGAGGGCCUGAGCAACCUCGCAGACGUGGACCUGUCCUGGAACGACCUGACACGGGUGCCCGAGUGCCUGUACACCCUCCCCAGCCUGCGCCGCCUCAACCUCAGCAGCAACCAGAUCUCAGAGCUGUCCCUGUGCAUCGACCAGUGGGUGCACGUGGAGACCUUGAACCUGUCUCGCAACCAGCUCACCUCGCUGCCCUCGGCCAUUUGCAAGCUGACCAAGCUGAAGAGGCUCUACCUGAACUCCAACAAGCUGGACUUCGACGGGCUGCCCUCGGGCAUCGGCAAGCUGACCAGCCUGGAAGAGUUCAUGGCCGCCAACAAUAACCUGGAGCUGAUCCCCGAAAGUCUCUGCAGGUGCCCGAAGCUGAGGAAGCUUGUUCUGAACCAGAACCGCCUGGUGACCCUCCCGGAGGCUGUCCACUUCCUGACAGAGAUUGAGGUCCUUGACGUGCGGGAGAACCCCAGCCUGGUCAUGCCGCCCAAGCCCGCCGACCGCGCUGCCGAGUGGUACAAUAUCGACUUCUCGCUGCAGAACCAGCUCGGUCCCCCCCCUGCCACAGUGGCGGCGGCUGCGGCCGGGAGUGGGCCCAAGGACCCCCUGGCCCGCAAGAUGCGGCUGCGGAGGCGCAAGGACUCCGCCCAGGAUGACCAGGCUAAGCAGGUGCUGAAGGGCAUGUCCGACGUGGCUCAGGAGAAGAACAAAAAGCAGGAGGAGAGCGUGGACGCCCAUGCCCCUGGGGCGAAGGUGCGGCGCUGGGACCAGGGCCUGGAGAAGCCGCGCCUCGACUACUCGGAGUUCUUCACGGAGGACGUGGGCCAGCUGCCCGGCCUGACCAUCUGGCAGAUCGAGAACUUCGUGCCCGUGCUGGUGGAGGAAGCGCUGCACGGCAGGUUCUACGAGGCCGACUGCUACAUCGUGCUCAAGGUGAGGUUCCAGCCGGGUGGGCUGUGGGGACUGCAGAGCCUGGGCCCCACGGCCCCACAGGGCGGAAGCGGGCGGGCAGCCUGGUGGAGGCGGGCGUGUCCCCCCAUCCACGCCGUCAACCUGCGCAACUACCUGGGCGCGGAGUGCCGCACGGUGCGCGAGGAGAUGGGCGACGAGAGCGAGGAGUUCCUGCAGGUGUUUGACAAAUUGGGGGGGGGGCCCGCCAGUGGCUUCUACACCGUGGAGGACACACACUACGUCACCAGGCUGUACCGUGUGUAUGGGAAGAAGAACGUCAAGCUGGAGCCCGUGCCCCUCAAAGGAGCCUCUCUGGACCCAAGGUUUGUCUUCCUGCUGGACCGAGGGCUGGACAUCUACGUGUGGCGGGGGGCCCAGGCCACGCUGAGCAGCACCACCAAGGCCAGGCUCUUUGCAGAGAAAAUCAACAAGAAUGAGCGGAAAGGGAAGGCGGAGAUCACACUGCUGGUGCAGGGCCAGGAGCCGCCCGAGUUCUGGGAGGUGCUGGGCGGGGAGCCCGCUGAGAUCAAGACGCACGUUCCCGAUGACUUCUGGCCGCCCCAGCCCAAGCUGUACAAGGUGGGCCUGGGCCUGGGCUACCUGGAGCUGCCGCAGAUCAACUACAAGCUCUCGGUGGAACAUAAGAAGCGGCCCAAGGUGGAGCUGAUGCCAGGAAUGCGCCUGCUGCAGAGCCUGCUGGACACACGCUGCGUGUACAUCUUGGACUGUUGGUCCGACGUGUUCAUCUGGCUUGGCCGCAAGUCUCCGCGCCUGGUGCGCGCUGCCGCGCUCAAGCUGGGCCAGGAGCUGUGCGGGAUGCUGCACCGGCCGCGCCACGCCACGGUCAGCCGCAGCCUCGAGGGCACCGAGGCUCAGGUGUUCAAAGCCAAGUUUAAGAACUGGGACGACGUGCUGACGGUGGACUACACGCGCAACGCGGAGGCCGUGCUGCAGGGCCCGGGUCUCUCUGGGAAGGUGAAGCGCGACGCCGAGAAGAAAGACCAGAUGAAGGCUGACCUCACCGCGCUCUUCCUGCCCCGGCAGCCGCCCAUGGCGCUGGCAGAGGCGGAGCAGCUGAUGGAGGAGUGGAACGAGGACCUGGACGGCAUGGAGGGCUUCGUGCUGGAGGGCAAGAAGUUCGCGCGGCUGCCGGAGGAGGAGUUCGGCCACUUCUACACGCAGGACUGCUACGUCUUCCUCUGCAGGUAUUGGGUGCCUGUGGAGUACGAGGAGGAGGAGGAGAAGAAGGACAAGGAGGAGAAGGCGGGCGCCGAGGGGAAGGAGGGCGAGGAGGCCGCCGAGGAGAAGCAGCCCGAGGAGGACUUCCAGUGCAUCGUGUACUUCUGGCAGGGCCGCGAGGCCUCCAACAUGGGCUGGCUCACCUUCACCUUCAGCCUGCAGAAGAAGUUCGAGAGCCUCUUCCCGGGCAAGCUGGAGGUGGUCCGCAUGACACAGCAGCAGGAGAACCCCAAGUUCCUGUCCCACUUCAAGAGGAAGUUCAUUAUCCACCGGGGCAAGAGGAAGGUGGCCCAGGGCGCCCCGCAACCGAGCCUCUACCAGAUCCGCACCAACGGCAGUGCUCUCUGCACCCGGUGCAUCCAGAUCAACACGGACUCCAGCCUUCUCAAUUCCGAAUUCUGCUUCAUCCUCAAGGUCCCCUUUGAGAGUGAGGACAACCAGGGCAUUGUGUACGCGUGGGUGGGCCGGGCAUCUGACCCUGACGAAGCCAAGCUGGCGGAAGAUAUUCUCAACACCAUGUUCGAUGCCUCCUACAGCAAGCAGGUCAUCAACGAGGGCGAGGAGCCGGAGAACUUCUUCUGGGUGGGCAUUGGGGCCCAGAAGCCCUACGACGACGAUGCCGAGUACAUGAAGCACACGCGGCUGUUCCGGUGCUCCAAUGAGAAGGGCUACUUUGCGGUGACGGAGAAGUGCUCAGACUUCUGCCAAGAUGACCUGGCAGACGACGACAUCAUGCUGCUGGACAACGGCCAGGAGGUGUACAUGUGGGUGGGGACCCAGACGAGCCAGGUGGAGAUCAAGCUGAGCCUGAAGGCCUGCCAGGUGUACAUCCAGCACAUGCGCUCCAAAGAGCGGGAGCAGCCCCGUCGCCUGCGCCUGGUCCGCAAGGGCAACGAGCAGCACGCCUUCACCCGCUGCUUCCACGCCUGGAGCACCUUCCGCAAGGCCCUGGCCUAGGCCCGGCCCGGCCCAGCAGCCCCACGGCCCUGGGUGGGGAAGAGGCAGUGCCCUCUGUCUACCGCCAGCUGGCGGAGAACGUGCACAGGUGACAGCCCCUGCCCCGCCACCCCCGGGGCCAGGGUCCCCAGCAGCACACAGCCCCCAGCAGCACCUCUGGGGGCGGAAACCGCACUCCCCCGGUGUGAGCACACGCACACUGCCCCUCCUUCCCUGCCCGGGAGAAAGCAGAUGUGGUCCUCCUUUAAGAGAUAUUAAAUGCUUUUAUUUUCAAUA